UCACUUUCUCUGUCUCCUUUGUUUUUGGAUUCUUUUGUAACACCUAUAUAAAUACUGGUCAGAUCUUUCUUUUUUUCUUGCAUACUUCAUGAGUUGACAACACGGCUAACUAAGCAGAGAUACAGAAUUUUCUCUAUUGAGAGCUUUAUAUAUCCUGCUUGCUCACUGUUUGUUCCCAAGAUUGUGUGUUUUUGUUCACUUGCAAAUUACUGGCGAUGGCUGAGAUCUCAGGGAAUGGUAAUCAUGGAGUUGUUUUGGAUAUUAAAGAUGUUAAUCCUCCGCCUUCUGCAUCUAAAGAUUCAGUCUUGAGCUUUUCUGUACCUUUCAUGCAAAAGCUGAUAGCUGAGAUGGUCGGGACAUACUUCUUGAUAUUUGCCGGAUGUACAUCUGUGGCGGUGAAUCUGAACUUUGAUAAGGUGGUGACACUUCCAGGAAUAUCAAUAGUUUGGGGAUUGGCUGUGAUGGUGUUGGUUUACUCUGUUGGUCAUAUCUCUGGUGCCCAUUUCAACCCUGCUGUCACCCUUGCUUUUGCCACCUGCAAGAGAUUUCCUUGGAAACAGGUGCCUGCUUAUAUAGCAUGCCAAGUAAUUGGAUCAACAUUAGCUGCCGGAACAAUUCGAUUAAUAUUUACUGGCAAGCAAGAUCACUUUACAGGAACAAUGCCAGCAGGGUCAGAUAUGCAGUCAUUUGUGGUCGAGUUCAUAAUCACAUUCUAUCUCAUGUUUAUCAUAUCUGGUGUCGCCACUGAUAACCGAGCUAUUGGUGAACUUGCUGGCCUUGCAGUUGGCGCAACAGUUCUGCUUAAUGUGAUGUUUGCAGGGCCAAUUUCAGGUGCAUCAAUGAACCCAGCAAGAAGCUUAGGACCGGCAAUUGUAUCACAUAAAUACAAAGGGCUAUGGAUAUAUAUAGUAUCUCCAACUCUUGGUGCUCAAGCAGGUGCAUGGGUAUAUAACAUGAUUAGAUACACAGAUAAGCCAUUGAGAGAGAUCACAAAGAGUGCUUCUUUCCUCAAGAGCACAGGACGUGCUUGACACUUGACAGGAAUGAUUAUUUGUGCUAUGUCUUCUUCUUUUUCUUUGAUGUAACUAAAUCUAUUGCAAGAAGGCAUGUAAUCUACACACUAGAAGGAUGUUCUUUAAUUUUUACCAGCUUAAAUGGAAUAUAUAAAUAUAUCAUAUACUUUUCA